GUCUUGGUGUUUGGGUUAGUCCCUAAAGCAAUAAUUCUCGCAGCGUUGCCGGCGGGGUUCUUUUUAACAUUCAUACAGUUGACGAAAACAGUUAUAGCCAUUCCGUUUAUAUCAAUACCAAGCCAUGCUAUCGCUGCGAUAUUGUUUGCUCAAGUGGCGGAGAAUCAAGGGUUGCAUAUAUGUUCACUUGGAAUCGCGGCAGGCGCUGGAGCCGUGUUUGCAGCAGCUCGAAUCGCCUGUCUCCUGCCUCCAAGUAUUCUAUCGUUGCUCCUUAUUGCGAAACCGGCAAAGGACAUUUUCUUGCAGAUAAUGAAAGAUGGGAGCUUUCCAAGUACAGUACCCCCUCAAAAAAACUUGGCAUCGAGACUAUAUGGGAAAAUCCCCAAACGGAUGGAGAACAUCAUCUUUGGGCCAGCGUACAACGUGGAGCCGGAAGAUAUAGAAUUAGCCCUUCAACAUGAAAUGGACGAGCUCAGCAUGCACCUGGACAUGGAACCAGUUUGGUUUUCUCGACCUCUAGGCCUCGACCAAGGAAAGCAUUACGUCUUGGUAGUAAAUAACCAAAAAUAUGAGCUCCGAAAUCGACAACACGUUCGAUAUAAUACAGAUCCCAUCAAUUUUGAGGAUUGCUCUGAAGAGGAAUUGCCAGUUGGCCAGUCCUAUGGACAUACGUGGCGGCUUCGGAAUACCAGAACUGAUGCAGAUACUGGUCUGUUCGAUGUUCUGCUGAUAGGAUGGACGAACGCCACACACGAAGAGAUUGAUCGAUUUUGCAAAGAGCUAAUUGAAGGAUGGAAAUAUCGCUUGGUCCUGAGAACAAAGAAAGGAGGCAAUUGCCAGCACUUUAUCCAAGCCAUUGCUAAUUCCAUAAUUCCGACAGAGUGUCGAGCUCUAGCUUGGUCAUGGUUUCAGCAUGGCUCCUACGGCCCAUUGCAGAAGGCUCAAUAUGAUAAAAUGCGAGAAGAUAUCCUGGAAUCUGGCAAGCGAUUCAUUCAGCUGCGAUCGAUUCUAGCCGUCAACCCGUUGCCGCUGGUUGGAGCUAUGUAAUGGUACUCGGUGGGAUAAUGUUCCUAUUGUGAUGGGAUGAAUUCAGAUUAUGAGCAAUCUCGCGGAAAAGCAGUAAAUUUGUGAAUUCCGGUCUUCAAUUCACCGUUUAAUUUAACGCCUUGUGUAGAUCACAGAGAGACAGAAGGCAAGACUACGUGACGUCAAGAUCUAUCUAAUUAGACCUUACGACUUGUCCAAGUUUGCACCGAGAUCUGGGACGAAUUUAAUCUACUGGAGGAGUGAGUGUUUGCAGUAAGAGGUAUCCGCAUUGCAGUAACGUAAACGAUGAACGUUGAAAGCCAAGCCCCAUGUAGAGAAAUUAAUCGAGAACUUCCUUAAAAAUGAAAUUAUC